UAUCCAUAUACAUAAAAUCAACAAAAACAAUGUUCUGGCUGCGCCGGUCAGCGCAAUUGCUGGGACAACGACAACAACGAAGGCGCAUGAGUACGUUCCGCAUGCCGAUGAUGUAUCCCAAGCUGGAGGAUUACUCGCUGGUGCAUUUGGAGGAGGUGCGUCGCUUUAUACGGGACUGCUUGAAGCGGAUUGGCGUGCCCGAAUCGAAGCUGCGCUGCGUCAGCGAAUUUCUAGUGGCCGCCGACUAUCGUGGCAUAUAUGGCAGCGGCCUCAACCAGCUCGAUCUCUUCCUGAACGACCUGCGCCAUCGUCGCGCCGAUAUGGACGCUGAGCCAGAGAUCAUCCGUGAGACCAUGGCCAGUGCUCAUGUGAAUGGUAACGGUGCCCUGGGCGUCAUUGUGGGCAAAUUCUGCAUGGACCUGGCUGUGGAGAAGGCGAAAAAUUCUGGCGUCGGCUUUGUGGUGGCCAAUCAGUCCAAUCACUUUGGAAUUGCCAGCUGGUACGCUCUACAGGCGCUCGACCACGGCUAUGCGGGACUAGUUAUGUCCAAUGGGGCUCCGAUGAUGGUGCCGCCGCGCUCGAAGGUGUCCAGCAUUGGUGCCAACUGCCUGGCCUUUGGCGUCAGGGGACGGGACUCGUAUUUUAUGCUAGACAUGGCCGCCAGUAUGAAGGACAUUGGUUCCAUUGAAUGGGCCGUCACCAAAGACGAAUAUAUUCCGCACAGCUGGGCCGCGGAUGAGAGUGGCUAUUCCACGAGCUUUCCCACGCUGGCCAUGCGUAACCCGCGCCUAGCCUCUGCCGGUGCACACAAGGGCUACUGCCUGGCCGCCAUGAUUGAUCUGCUGUGCGGGGUCCUUUCUGGAGCCAACUUCUCCACGCAGAUUCCACCCUGGAGGUCGAAUGUCUGUGGCAAAUGCCCCAACCUAGGCCACAUCUUUUUCGCAAUCGAUCCGGACUUUUUUAUCCCGGACUUUAUGGAGCGACUCGACGACUUCAACGAGUGCAUCCAGAACAGCUGCCCUGUUAACGUGGCGAACCCUGUCCAACUGCCAGGGGAGCUGGAGAUGCGCCACAUGCACCUCGUGGAGAAGUUGGGUGCUUUGCCAUACCACAAAGGCCUGCUGCGAAAGUACAAUGCCAUUGCAAAACAGUUCAGCGUCAAGCCCAUUCAGUUGUUCAAAAAGGACGGAUGAGCGGAGAAUGAAAAACAAAUAAUCCGUAUGAGGGAGUGGCAUCGUGAAGGACUCUACUGUGGCUGCAUCUGUUGUUAUUUUCGUAAAAGGACGCCAGCUGCAGCGGCAUCUGUUGGCUUUUUCGAAAAAGGACUUUUACUCCAGCGUCAUCUAUGUUGUUUUUGGCCAAAAGGACUUUUAAUACUGGGAACAGUGUUUUUUUUUCUCGAAAAGGACUAUGUACUAGCACCAUCUGUUGUAGUUUUAAAAAGGGAAAUUUGUCAUUGGGAGUAG